AUGAGGAAGCCCGAGGGCCCGGAGAAAAGGGGGAACGCUAAUAAUAAUAAGGCGGCAAAGCUGAGAAAAGGGCUUUGGUCGCCUGAAGAAGAUGAGAGGCUUAUGAAUUACAUGUUGAGCAAUGGGCAAGGCUGCUGGAGUGACAUUGCUCGAAAUGCCGGGCUUUAUAGGUGUGGGAAGAGCUGUCGACUGAGGUGGAUAAAUUAUCUGAGGCCCGAUUUGAAAAGAGGCGCUUUUUCCCCUCACGAGGAGGAACUUAUCCUGCAUUUGCAUUCCAUUCUUGGCAAUAGGUGGUCUCAGAUUGCUGCACGCCUGCCCGGAAGAACGGACAACGAAAUUAAGAAUUUCUGGAACUCCACAAUCAAGAAGAGGUUAAAGAAUAACAAUAACAAUAACGACAACAACACAACUUCAUUCUCCUCACCAAACAAUAGCGACUUAUCAUCCGACCACCUCAUUAUCAACCCAAAUAUUAAUAUUGCAACAAAAACACAAUGCCCGAUUUUCAUGCAAGAAUACGAGCUUGUCUCCUCCUCCCCCUCUUCCUCAUCCAUACAACCCAAUCAUGAUUUGACUAAUUUACCCCUCACACAAUUCACAAAUAACCCUUUCAAUAUUCUUGAUCAUCAUCAAAAUAUCUUUGACCUUAAAUCGUGUUCGGACCCGUUAUUCAACUUGCCGCCUUCUACAUAUCUGCAUGAGCAACCGGUUUUGGUUAAUAAUAAUAUGAUAGGGGGUGGUUUAGGGGAAUAUCAUGGGAAUCUCAUGGAUUCAUAUGUCAUGGGAUUGGAAAAUGACAUUUCUGUCCCUGGAUUGGAGGUGAAAGGGGUUGAGGAGCAAGGGAGAGGUGGUGAUUAUAAUGCUGCCUUUGACUAUGUUUUGGAGAAGAAAAGCAAUAGUAUGAUGAGUGGGGUCAACUACAUUAAACAAACUUUGACCAAUAAUAAUAAUAAUAAUAAUAAUAAUAAUGGUGUUGGUGGUUUAAGUAGUGAAAGCAUCAAAGCUGAGGGUGAGUCUGUUGGGAUUGAGAAUAAUUGGGAAGGAGAAGGCUUCAAAAUGGGAGAAUUAGAUUGGGAAGGUUUGUUGGCUAAUGUCUCCACCUUACCAUACCUUGACUUCCAUUUUCAAUAA